AUAUAACCGUCUUACAUGGCAGAUCACGUACGGUCCAUAUCUCUGGCUGUCUUCAGAUAUUAAGCCUUUUUGACGUUUGACUGUUUGACAAAAGUAAUAUCGCAUCCAAAGUAUUAUUACUUACUAACCAUGGUUCCGUUUAUACAGGUAGUCAAGUGAGUCCUAUACAAGAUGUCAGCUUUGAGCUAUCGCCUUCAAUCAAUCUAAUAGUACAAUCAAAAGUAUUGCUGCUUCCGAGGAAAGAGCGGAAAUCUGCGAGGGAAAUAUUUACUGUGUUCAGUCGAUAAAUGUGUGAUACGGUCAACAGAGCUUUUACUCGGAAGGAUGAGGAGGAUGCAAAUUCGAGAGAGGAUUUAUGAUCCUUAGCGUCAGGAACCUCUUCGGAUUCAGCAUGUUUAACAAUCAUAAUACGAGUAACCAGACUGUUGAUCAUAUGGUCAAUGAUGGAUGCAGGCAACAUGUAAUUACAAAGGCCGAGAACAUUGGAAAGCUAUCGGCCUACGUCAUCGUAUUUGCAAUUUCACUUUUUGGGAAUAUUCUCAUUGUGAAUGUAAUCUGUAAAAGCAAGAAGAUGCACAGAAAUACCAACCUUUUGAUUCUGAACAUGGCCAUUUCGGAUUUAAUCAUACCAGUUUUUGUGAUUCCUAAAAGAGUUGUGCAAAUCGCUUUGGAAUUACCUUCAGCAAAAUGGCUGCUUUCUGGAGUAACAGGAGAAAUAGCUUGCAAGCUGAUGACAUUCAUGCAAGAUUUUUCAGGUGGGGUCUCAACUCUUACACUGGUUUUGAUAGCCUUAGAAAGACUAGUGGCCGUCGCGUUUCCACUCCGCGCCAAAAUGAUCACAUACAGGUUGCGUGUGACAUUAAUCAUUUUGUCUUGGUUGAUUGUUGCAGCCAUUUAUGCUCCAUAUUUCUACAUCUUCAAACUAUUUGAAGUUAAUUCUGAAGUGUAUUGCAUUGCAAGCUGGGAACCCGCUUUUGAAGAGCCCGCCACUGGGAAAUUCUACAUUACUUUUCUUUGCAUUUCGUUGGUUUUAAUUCCUUUCAGUCUUAUAGCUGGGAUAUACACAGUUAUAGUGUCGAUUCUGGUCAGGCAAAGGAACCACUUGCAAGGAGCAGUUCGCGGAGGAAUUAUACGAGACAAACUGAACAAAAAUGUGCUGAAAAUGGCUGUAACAAUUGUAGUGAUAUUUGCAAUUUGUUGGGCUCCACUCAAUAUCAAUCUGCUUCUUUCGACAUUUCUCCCAAACUCUAUAUAUGAAUGGUGCACUCCCCAUGCUUUUUCAUUCUCUGCUGAGUUCCUUGUGAUCGCCAACGCUGCUAUAAAUCCGUUUGUAUAUUUUGGAUUCGUGGAAAAUUAUCGACGCAACCUUAAGAGAAUUCUCACCAAGUCUAUCUUGCGUACGAGCGUAAGGGAAACUGGAAGGAGGCAAAACGUUCGGCGCGAAACAUUUGAACUGACUUCCAUGACUUGCGAUAGAGUGCCUAGCUCUGAGAGCACGGCUUCGGGAAUUCGGAUGAUCUCGUUAAAGAGCCUAGAUACAAGAUUCAGCGGCGAAGUAACAAUAGCGGAGAACCUGUCACUUAAUGAAAAUUGAUCUAUACUCCUUGUAUUAAGAGUUUGUUUCAGUUGCACAUUGUUAACCUGGAAUGAGCUCUGGAAUUACCGUUAUUAAAAGAUGGUAUGGGUUGGGUU